AUGACCUACUUUCGGCUGAGGACUGUGAAGGAAAUAUUGAGAACACAUAAGGACUCAUUCUUGUCGAAUCGAGUGCAAAAGUCUACAUUUAGCAAGCAUACCCCAACCAAUACAUCAAUGGAGGUUGCAACUAAAAGCCAGCAUUACAAAGAAGAGGCAGCUUUACAACACAAAGCAAGAUCUAGAUCAAGCUCGAGGGACUGGAAGGGUGGUCUGGUCGCUGGUGAGGAAGAAGAGUUGUCGGUGAAGUUUCGCUGGGCAAAGGCAGUCACCGAAAGAGAGAUAGAGGAAGAG